GACUCCUUCAUGACGGAGGUGCUGGACGUUGAACUUUGAUCACCGUGAGAGAGCAGCCGAGGGGGCAACCAGCGAUGAAGACUAUUUUGGCUGCCUACUCCGGAGUCCUCAAAGGCACCGGAUCCAGCAUCCUCUCUGCCCUUCAGGACCUGCCCGCCGUUUUGUGGCCCUGCAGAUCCAAAAUGGAGAAACGUCUGCAGGUGAUUUCGGUUCUGCAAUGGGUCAUCUCGUUCUUAGCGCUGGGAGCUGCCUGCACUGUGCUGUUGAUCUACAUGUUCUGCACCGACUGUUGGCUCAUCGCUGCUUUGUACACCGCCUGGCUCAUAUUUGACUGGAACACACCAAAACAAGGUGGCCGCAGGUCGUCGUGGGUGAGGAGCUGGACCGUAUGGACCUACUUCAGGGACUACUUCCCCAUCAGGCUCAUUAAAACCCACAACCUACUGCCCAGCCGGAACUACAUAUUUGGGUACCACCCUCAUGGCAUCAUGUGCUUUGGUGCUUUCUGCAACUUUGGGACAGAAGCCACUGGGUUCUCCAAAAAAUUCCCUGGCAUCAAACCGUCCCUGGCAACGCUGGCGGGGAACUUCCGCCUGCCCGUCCUGCGGGACUAUCUGAUGUCUGGAGGCAUCUGUCCAGUAAACAGGAACUCCAUCGACUACCUGCUGACGUGUAACGGCACGGGCAACGCCGUGGUGAUUGUAGUUGGAGGAGCAGCCGAGUCCCUGCACUGCACACCGGGCAUGAACUCCGUCACGCUGAAGAGCCGUAAAGGCUUUGUGAAAAUAGCUCUGCAGAAGGGUGCUGACUUGGUUCCUGUGUAUUCCUUCGGCGAGAAUGACGCUUACAAGCAGGUGAUCUUCGAGGAAGGGACCUACUGUCGAUACCUCCAGAAGAAGUUGCAGAAGCUGCUGGGCUUCGCUCCGUGCCUCUUUCAUGGAUGUGGCCUCUUCUUUGGUGACUCCUGGGGCAUGGUGCCUUAUUGCAAGCCCAUCACUACUAUAGUCGGCGAACCGAUCACUGUGCCAAAAAUCGAAGAUCCAUCAGAUGAUACGGUGGAAGUAUACCAUGCCAUGUAUGUCAAGUCUCUAGUGUGCCUGUUCGAUAAGUACAAGACCCGUUUUGGCUUGAAAGAGAGUGAUAUACUUCAUAUUCAGUGAAGUCUGAAGCAGCUCUGGGAGAAGCGCCCGACAUGAACGUUCUUCACCAUGUGCCUGGUUUGGAUCAUCACUCUGGACUGUUCACACAAGCGUGUUUGUUGAACGAUUCGUCCCUCUUUCUUUUGUUUCAUAUCUGGAAACAACAUGGAGGAAAGCCUGACCGCCUUGCCACCAAGUGAAGCAACACCUCGGCUGCAGUUCCAGCUGAACACAGGCCUGAGAAUUAGGUGCCAAAACCAAAAAAUGUCAUUCGAUACAGGCAAUAUGAUUCUUCUCUUUCCUCUUGUAUGACAAAAGCACAAACAAUGCAACAAGAAGGAACCACUUUGAAUUGAGCCCAAAGCUGAAUUCAACCAAAGACAUUUGUUUAGAUGUUUACCUUCUAUGAUGAGGUUUGAAGAAGCGCAAUUUAGUCGGUCCAUGGAUGCGUAACAAACGUGCCUAUGACAUGUCAAUGCCAUAAAGUAUUAAUUGCCUAUUGCAGAUGGAAUAUUUCUGAUGCACUUUUUGUAUCAUUGAUUCGUUUCAGAGCAAUGAAAGCUGUCUGGAGUUUUCAGCUGCUUGCUACCGAUGGAAAAAUGUUGACAAAAAAAAAUGCCUGUGAUCAGUGAAAUGCAGGAGAAUGUGUUUGAAUAGUGCCUUAUUUUUAUAUUGCAGUAUAAAGUGAGAGUGUCCUUAUUUAAAGGUGGUUUGGGAAGUAUACUGGGAAUCGAUCGGUUGACUUGAUGAGCAUCAUGCAGGGAAGGCGAAUUCCAUGAUUUCCUCUGGGUCCACUGUAACUUGCGAGAGAAUGUUCCAGUGCAAUACAUUUGCAGGUGAUAAAACAUGCUUGAGAUCCGUCUUUGAGAUGUCAUCCAACUGCCGUUAUUUAAAUUAAA